GUACAGUGCAUGAAUUAAGGAUGACGUCAUGAGCAUAGUUUUCUUAACGUUCGCGUCUAUCAGUCUACAUUCCCUUGACCUCCGCCCGCUGACAGGAUUCAAACCAAGCCCAGAAAUGUCUGACUUCUCAGAAGACCAGAUCAUUGAGUUCAAGGAGGCCUUCCUGCUGUUUGACAGGACGGGCGAUGGGAAGAUCAGCUACAGCCAGUGUGGUGAUGUCAUGCGGGCCCUUGGCCAGAACCCCGUCAACGCUGAGGUCCUCAAGGUCCUGGGCAACCCCAAGUCAGAAGAAAUGAACCACAAAAUGCUGGACUUUGAGCAGUUCCUGCCCAUGCUCCAGGCCAUCGCUAAGAACAAGGACCAGGGCUCCUUUGAGGACUUUGUGGAGGGUCUGCGUGUUUUUGACAAGGAGGGCAACGGCACAGUGAUGGGCGCUGAGCUGCGCCACGUCCUCACAACGCUCGGUGAGAAAAUGACAGAAGAGGAGGUGGAGACUCUGCUAGCAGGACACGAAGAUGCCAACGGCUGCAUCAACUACGAAGUCUUUGUCCGCCACAUCAUGUCCGGCUGAGCGGCGAAACUUGUCCGGAUGGUGAUGAGUGGUUGAAGAUUAAGAACACAUCCGGAUCAUUUUAUUCCCAAAUGUUUUUUCUUCUAUUAUAUACGUAACGUCUGUCUCGCCCCCAUCCACUGUGUCAUUCCCCACCCAACUCUUGUUUGCCCUCGUUUUGUCAUAUUUUUUGUAUUUUCUUUCAGAAGUGCCUUUUCUGUGUCUGAGUUGAAGAGCCCCUUUUCAUUUCACUUCAAAAUAUCAUCCAACCACGGAGGCGCAUGCUAUCAUGCCUGGCUCGUGGACAGAAUCGGCAAUAACAUUCCCUUGAUUAUUCCAUACAUUCCCAUCACCCACCCUGUCAUUCAACCCUUGUCAGCCCCACCACCAAAUAGCUGUGUUUUUAUACGGAGGAGAUGCAUGUUCAUUGGCUGAGACCAUGCUGUAAUGUGGGUUUUACCAGGCCAACCAACCAAUCAUGAAAUUACAGAUUUACUGUCAUGUAUAUGUUAUAACGAACGGUAUUUAAUAAAAAUCCCCAGUUUCUGAAA